GAUCCUGGGUUCCUGCACGGGCCUCAUGCAGGCCAUCCACAUCCUGGUCCUGGCCUCCAAGGACCUCCAGAGAGAGAUCGUGGAGAGUGGACGGGGCGCAGCAUCCCCCAAGGAGUUUUACGCCAAGAAUUCACGCUGGACCGAGGGUCUCAUCUCCGCCUCCAAGGCUGUGGGCUGGGGUGCCACUGUCAUGGUCGACGCUGCCGACCUGGUGGUGCAAGGCAAGGGGACGUUUGAGGAGCUGAUGGUCUGUUCCCGGGAGAUUGCAGCCAGCACUGCCCAGCUGGUGGCAGCUUCCAAGGUGAAGGCAGACAAAGACAGCGCCAACCUUUGCAAGCUCCAACAAGCCUCCCGGGGCGUCAACCAGGCCACGGCCGGCGUGGUGGCCUCCACCAAGGCUGGGAAGUCGCAGGUGGAGGAGAAAGACAGCAUGGAUUUCUCCAGCAUGACGCUAACCCAGAUCAAGCGUCAGGAGAUGGACUCGCAGGUGCGGGUGCUGGAGCUGGAAAACCAGCUGCAGAAGGAGCGGCAGAAGCUGGGGGAGCUGCGCAAGAAGCACUACGAGCUGGCAGGAGUGGCGGAGGGCUGGGAGGAGGACGGUGAGUGCGUCCCACUGCAGAUCCACGGGAGAUGCACGAUAAAGCGGUGCAAAAGCCACCCCAAAGCACACGUCCUCUGCGUCCCAUCCCCCCCUUCCCCCACCAAGAGCCUUUUCCAGUGCCGGAGUAUCGAGAGCCGCCUUGGUGAGACCCAAGACCCAGGAACGAGGGGUCGCCGGCAGGACGCCCGCCGCAACCCGCCCGGAGUAUCGAGAGCCGCCUUG